AUGGCGGCCAAUUUCUGGCAGUCCUCUCACAGCAAGCAGCUACUGGACCCAGGCGCAGUGGCGCGCUUGCUGCAUGCGGAGGACGACCGUAUGGGCCUCUCGCCCUCUGACGUGCGCCUGGUCAAGCUGCACAUGUGUGACCACCUGGCAGUCUUGGCUCACCGCCUCAACCUCCGCCAGAGGGUUGUGGCCACCGCCAUUGCCUACUUCCGCCGCGUCUAUGUCAAGAAGUCGUUUGCGGAGGUGGAUCCGCGACUGGCAGCGCCGGCAGCACUGUACGUGGCAGCCAAGGCGGAGGAGUGCACGGUGCAGGCUGUGAAGCUGGUGCACCGCAUGAAGAGCCACGCGUCAGGCAUGUGCGGGCAUGGCGCCAUGGGCUACGAGGUGAAGGACGUACUAGCCAUGGAGAUGCGCCUGCUGCAGGCGCUCUCCUUCAACCUCAUCGUCUUCCACCCCUACCGCCCUCUCUCCACGUACUUGGAAGACGUCAGCAGAGAGCUAAGCCUCUCUGCGAAUGCGAAGGAGGAAUUCGCUCAGAUGGCUUGGUCAAUGGUGAACGACUCAUUCAAGACGGACCUGUCACUGUGCCACCCGCCGUUCAUCAUUGCCCUUGCAUGCAUCCACCUCGUUGCUCUCAUGCGCCACCUGCCCCUCCUGCCCUGGCUCGAGGGCCUGCGCAUCGACAUGCACCGG